AUGUCAGGAAAAUCAUUUGAGAAUGAAUAUCAUUUAAUUAUGAAACAUAUUGAUAUAACAAUAUUAGAUGAAGAUAAUCUGGAAAAAAUUUUAGGUUUAUCAAAAAAUAUUAUUUUAAAUAAAUUUAUUAUUAAAAGUGAAUAUUUAUGUUAUUAUGAAGAUUUAAAAACAAAUAUUUCAUCAAAUUUAAUUGUUCUUGUCAAAUCAGCAUUUGAAAAUUGA